AUGGCUGGAAAAUAUAAGUCAAUAUCCAAAUCUAUCGCCAGCUGUUCUUCGGCAAUUGCGAACAAUGUUGAUCUCCUUACAGAGAUUCUCAUACGCGUUCCUCCCAAAUCCUUACUCAGAUUCAAGUCUGUUUUCAAGAAUUGGCUCAAUCUCAUCUCCAACUCUAACUUUGCAUUCAACCACGCCCUCAGAAAUCGCAAUUCCUCCAUCUCUGGCUUAUAUUUCACAUCCCUCGAUUCUUGCUCUGCAAAGAACCAAGUGAAGUCUGUCUCGCUUCAAGGCCAUCAAAAUCUUCCAACACUUGACUUCCUCGACCACGGUGCUGGAUCAGAAUUUUCAAUCAGGAUUCAAAGCUCUUGCAAUGGAUUACUAUUGUGUGAUUGUGUUCAAAUUGUUUGGGAUUGUAAUAGAACCGUUGUUGAUCGUAUUACAAUUUGUUACAUUGUUUGUAAUCUGACUACGCAAAAAUACAAACUACUUCCUCAACCUUGUGGAUGUUUUUGGGGAUCAUAUGGUUGCUUAGCUUUUGAUCCUUCGAAAUCACCGCACUACAAAGUUUUGUUGGUAUUUAAUAGUACUAAUAAAUUUGAAAUUUACUCUUCGGAGAGUUUGUCUUGGAAACAGUUUGAUUUCACUGACGCAGAAAGUUUUUCAGGAGGAGUUUAUUGGUUUCCAUGA